GACAGUGAAAAGAGAAUGAAGCGCUUCCGUGCUUCCGUGCACAACGAAGGCUCAGAAGGUUUAUCGAGGUUCUUCUCGCUUUCAUGUUCAGUCUUACUUCGAGAUGAGUUCCACGUUAAACAGAAUACCGAUCGUGGAUUUCGGUGCGUUAAGCCUCGACCACGACCAAACACCAGGGGAAAAUGAACCAAACGUGAAAGAGCUUGCGAAGCAGAUGUUUGAUGCUUUUAGUACUGUUGGUUUUGUAUACAUAACCAACCAUGGAAUGACCGUGAAAACGAUUGAUUCUGCAUUCUAUGCAGCAGACCAAUUCUUUCAGUUGAGCUAUGAUGUAAAAGAUAAAUAUUCCAAGACUGCAGGGGAAAAUCCUAAUGGAUGGGAUGCAAUAGAAAGAGAAAGUCCAAAUCCAGAGAGAGCAGGCGAUCUGAAGGAAAGUUAUGACUCAAGAGACUUCUUUGAAGAUGACUAUUUGUGGCCAACAGCAGAAGUUCCACAGUUCAAGGAUUUGUUGAUGAAUUUUCAGAGAGAAGCGCAUCGACUGAGUUUAAGGGUGCUCUAUGCUAUCGCCAUAGGACUGAAUCUGGAUCCCCACACCUUUGAUUACGCUUUUCAAAACACUGGCACUCGCAAAGGUGGAACUCAAAUGCGAUUCAAUUACUAUCCUCAACUAGAAGACACUAAACAAGUAAAACCAGGCCAGCUACGGUGCGGAGAACACACUGACUACGGUGCUUUAACACUGCUGUUUCAGGAUCAAUGUGGUGGCUUAGAGGUUUUGUCACCAGAGGGAGAGUACAUGCCAGCAACACCCAUAGAAGGUUCCAUUAUCGUGAAUAUCGCUGACAUAAUGCAGAGGUGGACCUCAGACAAGCUGAUUUCUGCGCGCCAUCGAGUUGUGGUAUCCGAGAAAGAGAUCACUUACCUGAAGCCUCGCCGUUCAAUUGCUUACUUCCUUCGGGCAGACCAAGAUGCCUUGAUUGAGUGCUUGGACGGGUCAGCCAAAUACCCUCCUAUUACAGGCGGACAGCACGUGUGGAUGAAAUUGCAUUCUACGUACAACUUUUAAAAUCGUGCAAGAAGCAGAUUUCAGGAUGCAAGACAGUUAGAAUACAGUUAAUAGCUACGCUAUAGAUUUUUCUUAGCAUUAUGCAGUUUCUAGCGUGAGCUAUGUUGCCUUUUGAAGAACUAACGCUGGAAACUUGUUUUCUACAAAAUUGCGACAUUAUUGAACCCUAUUGCAAGAUUUUGAGUAGUGGUAUGUACUGUACAGUGCAGCAGUGUUGCACGAAAGUAUCCGAGCGAGUGCAACGUUCAACAUCCAAAACUCGCACGAAAAAAGUCGAUCAAUUUUUUUUUUCGAACUUAAUCCAACAUCAUCAACACGUUGUUGCAGAGUGACCAAACCUUUAAUUACAAUGUUGUAAUAUGCUGUGUUGAAAGGUUGCGUGCCUUCGGCCGGGCCUUUAGGUUAGCCACAGUAGUAACCCGCUAGGUAUUAGCCAAAGGCCUGAGUUUUUUUUAUGAAGGACUACGACCUCUGAUAGGGGAAUUUCCUGCUACAGGAAAGCUAGCACUCGUCUUUCGUGCUGCUUAUUCGAUUGUUAUCGUGAGCUUCGCCUUUGAGUCGUCUCUGUUAUCUGCUCCUGAGUUUUCGAGGGUGGUGGAACUGUCAUGAUCUUCGCUACGUCCAUACUGAACGUGCACGUGCACGUUAACGUCUGCCAACUCAGGUUUUAUGCUUUUAGGGUUUUCGGCCACACUCAAACGACAUCAAAAUUUCGCUUUCUAGAGUGGAAUACAUUUGUAAUACAUUUUAUGUAUCUUGGAAUACAUUUUAUGUAUCUUAUUAGUACACGACCCCACAAGCUUGUUAGCUUUGACGUCUUUUAUCGUGUAUAAAUAAAGGUUGUAUAUAUGUAAACGUGACGACAGUAUGAAAGAAAGGACAGUAAAUGCUGAGUUCGCUUCAGUAAAAUUAACGCCUGCCCAGCGUCUGUCAGUGUCGUUUCCAAGCAUCCUAGUGUGCUUGAUCUUUGGGUGUUGACGAUACCAUUUAUCGUCGCCUUUUUGACAAGCGUAAAAGAUCUGCCAAACGAUCUCUGCACGUCUGCGUGGGAAUGAGAUAGAAUGCAUUUAUAGACGUAAACGUAUACUUGUGGGUAUACAGCUACUUCUUACGAUGAUAAAAAACAGUUCAUCUUUAGAUCGUGAAGAUGCCUUUUCUUUCCUUUCUUUAAAGUCCUUGUAUCAUUUGUUCAUCGCCCGCAAAUGACUGUUUUUCUUCAAAAGGAUAAGGUAGUGACAGCUAACUAACUUUUUAAUUCCAUUUAAUAAUUUUAAAAGUGUUCAUUUUAGAUUGGCUUGUCUCUUGUUUGUCAAUUAUUUUGUAUUCUUGUGCGCAUGUCCGGUGCGAAUGAAAGUUUUAGUUGACAAUUGUUCACCGAAAUGGAGGUAAAUAUCCACCACUUUCACCGACACUGAGGUGAAUAAUUGUUGCAUCAGUGUAUACCACAAAAGCAGAGUAAGUAACGGACCAAAUAACCUGACAAUAAGCCAUUUUGGUUUUCUUCGGCUGCUCGGAAGGGAAUAGACCGGAAUAGUACUUCGCUAAUCACCUUCUGUUCCAAGUUAACCAAUCAGAACGUGUUAAAAACACUAUUCAUGACCUGAGUGGUACAUACUAAUUUUUGUAGGUAGUUCAAAGAAAAGUUCUCGUGCAGCGCCCUUGUGAUACCCAACUUGUCAAAAGGGUUUUAUCUGAGACCAUAAAAUAAAGCUCAGUUUGGUUUCUUGCGCUUA